GCUAUUGGACCCUCUCCCAGUUUUCCCGCUGUGGUCACGUGACCCGACAGCAUCGCUCAUCUCUGGCUACAAACAGCUGUGAGCGAGACAGUGUGCACGAGGGCUCUUCAGAGACAUGGGAGUAGAGCUCGAGACCACAACCCCCGGAGAUGGGAGGACUUUCCCCAAAAAAGGACAGACAUGUGUGGUGCAUUACGUUGGCUCUCUGACAGAUGGACGGAAGUUCGACUCUUCCCGUGACCGUGAGAAGCCAUUUAAGUUCAAGAUUGGUAAACAGGAAGUAAUCCGUGGCUGGGAGGAAGGUAUUGCACAGAUGAGUGUGGGCCAACGUGCAAAGCUGACAUGUUCACCUGAUUAUGCCUACGGUAAUAAAGGCCAUCCUGGGAUUAUUCCCCCAAAUGCCACCCUCAUCUUCGAUGUGGAGCUUCUCAGUCUGGAAUGAUUUAAUCCUCUUCACUGCCUUUUGUUAAUUUUUCAUAACUUUAUUAAUGUUUCAUGUGUCAACAUUUUUUGUCUUAACAUUAUAAUCCUGAUUAAAUCAAUUUUCUCUUUCUGUCAGGCCAUAUUAAUAUAAAAAUUGUUAGUCAUUCUUCUCCUAACCAUGUUUAUUCAGCAUCCCACCCUACAGUUUUAGGCAUAUUAUGUAAAGAUCAGUGCUUUACUUUACCAGAGUUCUCCAAUAUUUCAUCUUUUGCUUUGGUCACAUUUCAUCAGAAAUAAUUUUUUAUUAUUUUUCUAUCAUUUUACCUAAUUGAUACGAUACCAAAUCACCAAAAACCUUGCAAUGUCCUUAAUCUGAAAAACUUUGAACGAACCCUUUAGACUUCUCUUCACUUGUGACUUUUUCUUACACUGUGAUUGUUG